GCAUUGACUUAACUGGUGAAUAGAAUAGCCUACAGUACCCAGGGCAACAUUAUCAACCCUGGUCAAUCGUAGCCACGGGGUUUUCCAAGAAGAACGAGUCAGGCAUGGAGGAGAUCAUUCAUCGCAUCUCCCCGGGACCCCGACAUCGGGCCCGCCCGGUAGAUGCGGUACUAUCGUCAUUUAUCUAUCAACAUCACCCACCAAACUACUACAACCUCAAGCUAUUCUUCUGAUCCCUACAGCUGAUACAUAAUCCCUCAACUAAACCCUCCUCCCUUCCAACCCCAAUCAAUUAAACAGAUCGACAGACAGCCAGCCAGAAAACCAGACACAAUGCCUCGAAUCGGCUGGUACGGCCUCGGCUCCAUGGGCCUAGCCAUGGCCAGCAAUCUGCAAAAGCAGCUCGUCCGCAAAGCAACCCAAUCACUCAUCUACAACAACCGAACCAUGGCGCGCGGAGACGCCCUUAAGGCCCUGGGCGGGACGCCCGAAUCGAGCUUCCCUAAUGUCGUCGCGCAGUGCGGGAUUAUCUUUACCAUGGUCUCCAACGACGCCGUUCUCCAGCAACUAAUCUCUUCAGCACUCAGCUCAGGUCACUCUCUCCAGAAUAAGAUCUUCGUCGACUGUUCGACCGUGCACCCGGAAACGGUACGGACGACGGCCGCGAAGCUACAGGAGCAAGAAGCCGAUUUCCUGGCUGCUCCGGUGUUCGGCGGGAACCCGAUUGCCGUGGAUGGGAAGCUGGUGUUUGCGAUUGGGGGGCCGGGGAGGGCGAGGGAGGUGGUGAAGCCCUUGAUUCAGGACGUCAUGGGGCGCAAGGUGAUUGAUUGUGGGGAGGAUGCGACCCGGGCGUCGCUUUUGAAGAUUGCGGGGAAUAUCGUCACGGUCAACAUGAUGGAAGCGGUGGGUGAAGCGCAGGUGUUUGCGGAGAGGACAGGGCUAGGGACGGGUCCGAUGGAGGAGCUCAUCGGGGAAGCCUUCGGGCCUGUGGCAGGGGGAUAUUCGAAAAGAUUAACGACGGGCGCCUAUGCGCCUCCAUUGGACUCGCGUCCUGGGUUUGGGGUCUCCCUGGCUAUUAAAGACGCAAAGCAUGCAUUCACAAUGGCCCGCGACCACAAGGUCGAAUUGCCCGGACUGAAGGUCUCCUUGGACAACAUGGAGGCUGCGAGAGAGUACGCGGGCGAAUGCCUGGAUAGCAGUUCCAUGUACGGGGUUCUCCGGCAAAAGGCUGGUCUGGAGUUCUGGAAUGAGAGGAGUAGAAAGGGGAAUGCUUAAUUGAUAUUUUUGGGUGCAUGUUUUGUUUGUAGUACUUUGUAGACAGAAUAGGUGUCUAUAGUCACACUUUUAUGCCAAGAU